UAAAAGGACAGCAAGAUGCACUGCAGGCACCUAGCAGUUGUUUGGGGAAAGUUUAAAAACACAUCCAAAUGCAAUGGAGAUACAACUGUGGGUUACAAUGAGCACAGAGGGGAACACCUGAGAAUCUGCCCACAAGGCUACACCUGCUGUACCAGUGAGAUGGAGGAGAACUUUGCAAACAAAAGCCGAAGUGAAUUCGAAGGCAUGAUGAAAGAAGCCAGUCGUUCUGUACAGGUGACCCUAACUUCUCAGUACAAAAACUUUGAUGGUUAUUUCCAGGAUUUGUUGAACAAGUCAGAGAAGGCCCUCUAUGACACAUUCCCUAGCAUGUAUGGGGAGCUAUACACGCAGAACAUCAAGCUCUUCAAAGACUUAUUCAGUGAGUUGCGACGCUAUUACCGAGGGUCCAAUAUCAACCUUGAAGAAGCCCUCAAUGAGUUUUGGACACGCCUGCUAGAGCGGCUCUUCAAGCAGCUGAACCCCCAAUAUCAUAUCACUGAUGAGUACCUGGACUGCAUGGUGAAACACUCUGAGCAGCACAAGCCCUUUGGCGAAGUCCCGAGAGACCUGAAGCUGAAGGCAACGAAAGCCUUCAUUGCAGUGCGCUCCUACGUGCAGGGGCUUAGUGUGGGCAGUGAUGUCAUCAAAAAGGUGUCUCAGGUUUCCCUUGGCCAUGAGUGCACUCGGGCCAUCAUGAAGCUGGUGUACUGCCCACAUUGCCGGGGCAUGUCUAGCGUGAAGCCAUGCAACAACUACUGCCGUAACGUCAUGAAGGGCUGCCUGGCCAAUCAGGCUGACUUGGACACCGAGUGGAGGAACCUGAUUGAUUCAAUGCUGCUGGUGGCUGAUCGAUUUGAUGGACCAUCCAACGUAGACACUGUAAUUGGUACCAUUCACACAAGGAUCUCAGAAGCCAUUUCUAACAUGCAGGAAAACAAAGACUCUAUCACAGCCAAGGUUUUCCAAGGUUGUGGAAAUCCAAAAAUCAGUACAAAAGCAUCCAGUGGAGAAGAUAAGAAAAGGAGGGGAAAAACUGCCCCAGAUGAUAAGCCCUCAGGACUUGGACUGGAGAAGCUAGUGUCAGAUGCCAAAGGGAAGCUGAGAGAUAUCAAGGAUUACUGGGUCACUCUUCCCAGUGUACUUUGCAAUGAGAGGAUAACAGCUGGCUCAGUGAAUGAGGACAGGUGCUGGAAUGGAAUGACCAAGGGCAGGUAUCUACCAGAGGUGAUGGGAGAUGGUUUGGCCAAUCAGAUUAAUAAUCCAGAGGUGGAGGUGGACAUCACCAAACCAGAUAUGACCAUCCGUCAGCAAAUCAUGCAGUUAAAGAUCAUGACCAACCGCCUGCGCAAUGCAUACAACGGGAAUGAUGUGGAUUUCCAGGAUGCAAGUGAUGACAUGAGUGGCUCUGGGAGCGGUGACGGCUGUCCUGAUGAAGUCUGCGGUAAAAGACUUUCUAAGAGCUCCAGCACCAGACAACCAGGAACACAUGCAAUUCCUAACCAGUCUGGACGGGGUGUAAAUGGGGCCAGCAGCAAAUCUUUGCCUUCCUCCUUCCUAAUCUUCCUUUCUAUGGCUGUCAUGGCAAUGCAGUACUUAUGGCGGUAACUUACUUGCACAGCCAUGAAAGAGACUGUGGCUGAGGUCUUAACUUUGCCAAAACAAAAAAAAGAAAGAAAGAAUGGACAAUAUUUAAUUCAUCUUGGCAAAAAAAAAAGAGGGAGAAAAAAGGUCUCGAUUGUUUGUGAUAUCUGGCAGUGCUAGAGCCGUUUUUUUCUUUAUUGGUCUUUUCUGAAUGCUGGGCCCUUCUUUCCAUACCUCAUUUUUUUAAUUUCAUUAUUUGCCAUUAAUAGGUUCUCUGGGGCCUGAAACAAGCCUUUGGAGAAAGACAGACUGGGGAAAAGGAAGGGUAAUCCUCAAAGGGACGCCAGGUGAUAGACUGCAGUGACAUAUGCAAUUUACCCAUUAUUGUUAUACAGCUCUAGCCGAGAAUGCUACUUACCAUGUUAACACCUAAAACACAACAGAGGUUUAGAAUAGUGUGACUUUUUACCUAAAAGACACUCUCAGCACUCAAAGUGCUCUGUUCGGUGGCUGCCAUGGUUUUCCCAUGUAUUUCAUAAGGAGGCAGAGAGAAUCCUUCACUCACUUCCUUUUGAUGUAGGAGUUUUGACUAAUUCUUCAUGUAGCAAGGAGACUCAAUACCUAGCCAUUUGAAAGCAGGAGGCAAAAGUCCCAUUCCUUACAAGUACAACAGUAGUUUUCUUUAUUACAUCUCAUAAUAGUGAAAUACCAGUUCUCCUACAUUAAAGUAAAUGGGAGUGAGCUUUGAAUUUUGCAUGGUACCUGGAAAGCCGUCAAUAGCCUAAUCUAUAACUGCAACACGAUACCAUUCUGUGCAACACUGAGAUGAAAGUAUGCAUGGUGACGUUCAUCAUUUGAAGAGGCGUUUCCACAGCAAAGAGGCUGAAUCCUUUUCUUUAUUUACAAAGACAACAGUGACCUUUUACCAAAGGGAUCGUUGGAAAGAGCUGUUUUGUGAAGUCUCACAUAUUGUAGUGGCACCCAAAGCAACUGAGUUAUAAGAAUUGGAGGCUGGUGGGUUAUUAUGUAUUCACCCUUGGGCAGUUCGGUUGCCCAGGUGAAUCUGUUCUUUUAAGUAAAUUCCUGCUUUUGUCCCAACAACUGUCCCACUGCAUUGCUCACGAUAGAAAGCAAGCAGUCCAAGUGACUUACCUGCAGCCACACACUGAGUGAGUGGAUCAACCAGGCUUGCUUCUAGAGCUUCCAAACAGCACAGCCUCCUCUUAGCCAGUACUUUUCUGUAGCCUAGAAUUUGAUUGCCAGAAGUGGAUUCAACAAAUGGGUUGGUUUUUGUCAACAAAUGAUGUAGCAAUAUACAUACAUGUCCGUAGGGGUGUCUGUGUUUGUAGAGCUGUGUGUUUUGGGUUCCCUAGCAAGCUUGUUUGAUUCACAGAUAUAGUAAGCAUCCUCUGGAGACAUAUUCCUAGCAAAGGUGGGUUUUUUUUCUAGAAACACUGCAGUCCUAGUGACUCUUGGGAAAUAGUGAACCCUAUGUUUGGGCUCUGCUCUUACUUUUGUCUACUUUUGUGUUUUUUAUUUCUGGGGGAGAAAAAACAUUUCUUGUGUUUAAGCAUACGUAGGUUUAGCAGACUUUCAGGCACUUCUCUGUCUGUCAUAGGGAGGGUGCGGGGGGAGGGAAUGUGUGUUCAUAUUUAAGAUUUGGUGAAAAAGCAGAAUUUGACUUGUGCAGUCAGUUUAUGGAAUGUGCAAUGAACGUGAGAAUCCAGCGUUGGAGACGGGACUGGGGGGAGGGAUGCUGCAAGAAAGCAAAUGGAGGAGAGUCAUCAUUCCCCUUGUCCAUGCAGACUUCGUACAUGUCAUUGGACAAUUUCCAGCAAUACCCAACCCAGCUGGGGGCAAGGCCUGAGACUUGUGUUGAUGCAUCCUCAAACCUAGGCAGUCUUGGUCCAGUUUGGCGUGCCUCAUUGUUCCAAACUGUACCUGCCUUUGCACAGCCAGUUGUAACUCUUAUUUCAUUCCUUUGUUGUAUUCCCGUUAGUCCCAUCAUUUCUUAAAGCUGAACUUGAUCUGAUUUGGUAGGGAGGUUAAAUCUAAAAGGAAGGUGAGCCUCCCUGGCAUUGAAUGUCGAUUAAAGAAAAAUGAUGCUACUAAACCCAUCAAAAUCUAUAGAGCAGCUUCCUACAAGUCAUAUAUUUAAAAUGAAUGUAUUUGCUAGUAGAACUAUGGCACAAUACAUAUUGCUUUACUGGUCUAGUGCAGUGAUUUUUAGCCUCUCCCCGCUCCCCCGCACCAAGUCUGCAUUUGAACACACCUCAUUAUGUAAAUUCCUCAGUGAGGUUCUGAAGCAUGGAAAAGGCUACAUGCAAAAAAAAAUGCAGCCAAAUUCUGUAUGCUCUUUAGAAAGAGGAGAUUUUAAAAUGAUGCAGGAAUGUGUUCCACGUUCAGCCUUGUUUUAGAAAUGUCUUAGUCAGCUACUGCUAUCCACAACAGAAAAGAAACUUAAAGGGAAAAUCUAUCUCUGCGUCCUUUCCUCUCCUAUGCAGUGCAAGUUUGCUGUCAGCCUGCUUGAGAUCUGUAAUUCACAGACAGUCCCUGGCCCUGUGGAAAUCUCUUGUUAAGUGCUGCAUCCUGUAUCGAAGGAGUAGGACUUGCUUUGGAUUUGUCGCUUUUGAAGAGAGAUUGGGGGAGUGCAGGGGAAAGAAGAUUUGCUUCUCUGGUAUCAAGAUAGCACUGCUUGGUGUUUGGAUAAAAAAUAAAUCCUUAUUCCUUAAGGGAUGUGAUGGUAUUCAGUAAUUCAGGAAAGAACAUGAGUUACAGAUGAGCACCCAUGUCCCAGCAAAUUGGAGAACCAGAAAAAUGGCGUGAUAGAUUUGCAGUUGUCUCUGUCUUUAAGCCUGCUCUUUUGUGCCAUAAUUUGUAUGUUUGAACUGAGGAGGGAUUAAAGGCUUCAAGAAUACAGAUAUUUAUCAUUUACAAAUGACAAACAACCUAUUGUUUUUUGGUGGGCUUGGUUAAGGGAUAAGGUACAACAAAAAUAUCUAAAGGACACCUUUGCUUUAAAAAUGCAUUUCUGCAGGCAUAAGAUUUAUUUCACUUAUUGGCAUAGCUGGCCAGUUAUAUAUUUCUUUCUGUUACCAAGGUACUUGUAACUAUCUUGCACUGUUUAUCUAAAGUUGAAAUAUGUUCUUUGAAUCCUUGUAUAAAUAAAAAGGCUGGAGACUUAAAUUGA